AUGACUUCGUACCACUCGUCAGACUCAAAACAUAUCCAAUUAACAAAAACACAAGCCAAGUACGCUACUCCAACGGCCAACAGUGAUUUGGAAUACAACUCCAGCAAGGGCACCAAAUAUACAGUUGAUUUUGGUGAUGCGGAUCGAACAUUUUCAGUAAGCGUAAAAUGAUUAUUAUUAGAAAAAGUAGAUAAAUUUUAAAUUUUAGGUUAAAAUCUAAAAAAAAAUAAUCUUUAAAGAUUAUAUUUAGACUUUCAUGUUUUUUUAGUUCGAAGCAACUAAACAGCCGGAUUCUACAGAAGAUCUUAGUUUGUUAAACACUUCUUACAUGUUAAUGCCACCAUUGCACAGCCGUACUCCAUCUCCCAGUUCGCAAUACUUUCUGUAAGUUUUUUUAAAUAAGUGAAAUUUACUAACUACAUUAGAUAAAAAAUUGAAAUCAUUCAUGUAUAUUUGGCCACAUAUCAAAACAGUUUUCAUGUACAUUUGGCCACAUAUCAAAAAAAUGAUUUUUACACUUUUAAAGAGCAUUUCAACAUACAUAAAUUGUGUUAUGCGCAUUGUUUGUAUUUAUGCGUGUUUUUACUCACGCAAGGUACACAUGUGGCCGUUAAUAUUCUUAAUUAAUUUUACUUUUAAACCGUUCUUUUAACUUUUGGAUAACUAAUCUUGUAAAUGUGUUAUAUAUUGGGAUUAAAUAAGAAUUAAGUAAAUUUGAGCUUGUCAUUUAUAUUUAAAUCUGAAUAUUUCAGGGGCAUGCAUAUGUCUAUUACAUCUAUAUGCAUAAAUCCGGGUAUUAUAUAUGUAUCUAUAUGUAUUUUUGAGUAAUUAAUGUAGGUAAACGUAAAUUUUGAGGCUGAGAUGUAACAGUUCUUUUAUAUAAUAAAUGCGAUGAUUUCACUGGUUUUUAUUGCGGGGAGAGGGGGGGGUAUACAAUUUCUUACAUUUCUUAUCAUACUCAUUUGUGUCUUUUUUAAGAAUUAUAUUGUAUUUAUAUUGCUCUUGACAUUGACGUAGCUGCACUUUUCUCGAUAUUAAAGUAGUUGAUAUUAAUUUUUCUGAUAAUUUGUUUACUACUUUUCUGUUGGACGCACACAACUACGAUUUUAUCAGAUAGAACUUCUAAAACAAAAAACCGUACAACAAUUUACAUAUUUUUUUCAAAAAUACUUUUAAAACUUAUUUUAUAUAUAUACAUUCUUAACCUCUAUUCAAAUUAAACCACGAUGACAUGUAAUUAGAAUAUAAAGGAACGAAAGCAAUGGAGAUGGAAAAUAUUUAAUAAAUUUAAAACUUUCAGUGAUUCGCCAUCUAACUGUUCUUCCGUUCCAUUUUCGAACCGAGAAUUUCAACCGACUACAUCGACACACACUCCAGCGGUCGGGACAAUAAUGAGUAUUAGUGAAAAGUUGCGGUCGCUAGUCAGUCGUCGUGACAAUAAUAGUUUGAGCCAUAGGCGCGGUUCCGACAACUUCAGUAAAUUUUCCAAAAUUGGGGGUGAGGUGAGCCAAUUUUUAAGUUAUUGAACUUAAAUUUGUCUUAUUGAGUCUAAAAAGCUGUGUUGAUUUUACAUUAAGGUCUUAAAAUUUUAGAACAAUAUUAAAACGCAAUUUCUUCAGGAGAUGUUGGCCGAUCCGUCGACCAGUGCCAAUCAAACGGACAAACAACAAGACAGACCACAGAUAUCAUUGUUUACCGAGGUUUACGACGGAACACAGCCUAGCUCGUUGUUUGAGCGUUCUCGCACCAGCUUGAAGAACAACAACCAGCCACAGACGACGAAAAGUGCUGAUGAAACCAGUUCCACUGCGCAGCCUAGUCCCCGUCCGACCUCCCGGAUGCGCUCAAGUUCAGAGGUUAAAUUUCCAAGACGGCAAGACGUUUACAUCAACAAAACCGACGAAUAAUGUUUCAAUUUUGUUAAUUUAAAUAAUUUUAAAAAAGAAUACCGAUUUAUCCUUUAGCUAACUUAAUGUUUUUUUAAUUCUUGAAAUUUAUAUCAUUUAUUAAAAUUAAGACUUUUUUUUGUCUAAUUGUAUUCAAAUUUGAUUACUUAAUAAAUUUUUUAUCACAAGACUACUAACCUGUUUUCAAAACUUUAAAACAGCGUAAUUUACAAUGCCGUCGUAGCAGAAGCCUUUACGGCAAAGAUAAAAUACAGAAUUCCGUUGCCCUAACGUAUUUACGGCCGACAACGCCUGCGGGCACAGUUUUGACCGUGCAUUUUUUUAUAAAACAGACCGCCUGAAGGCGAUUGGCUUUGGAAGCGCGCAAAAAUGAGAAAAUUGGGAAAUCCGCCUCAGGGAACAUAAUUGGACGAGAUAUGUUAGUUUGAGCCCUCAGGGCAUGGCUGCUGACACAAACUUCGACUUGGCCGUUGUUUUUCGCAAGAUUUGCCGUUAAGAGUUCUGAUUCCAGUUUUUGAAUGUGCAAGUAAGAAAUUAUCACAGUUGCUUGCUAAUGUUACUCCCGACAAAAACGACAAUUUCAAAAUUGAAGUAAGUUUAAAUGUAUAUUUAGUAUUGCUUACUUUUAGCUUGUAAAGCUACGACCAAUGAAAACUGGACUUAUUGGAGGUUGCCGCAAGUGCGGACAAACAUUUACCGAUCGCUUGGAGUUUAUUCAUCAUAUAGUCGACCAUUUUCCGACUGUUUUUUACACUUUUGAAAGUUUGGACAAGACGGACUCAACACAACUGCUAAAAAAGGACGUCGAAAUUAGUACAACAAAUUCGAUUAGAAAAGAAGGUAUUAACGUGGCACAUUCAAGCAGAAAAGAAGAUGAUUGCACAGCCCAUUCAUCAAGAAAAUACAGUAAUAGUAAGACAAUUUCCACAAGUAACGCUGCAAACAAAUCAAUAAUAAAAGUUGAAAACGUAAAAGACGACACAGAUGAAGAUCUACCGUACUACAUGUGCCCACAUUGUUGUUUAACAUUUUUAGAAACCCACUGUUUUGAAGAUCAUUUGGCAACACACGUUAAUGGGGUAAAAAAGUGUUAAGACUUUUUAAGCUAUACUGGAGAUCUUUUAUAUAAUUAUAUUUGAUGUUGCUUUAUUAUAUCAAUUAAAUUUAGAAUCUGGAAGAGUCAAAAAACGCAUGUGACAUAUGUGGAUUACAAUGCAACAACAAGUACCUCUUAAGCGAACACAAACAGAUGCACUCUAAAAAGUGCGACAUGUGUAAUGAAGUAAGACAUUACACAUUAAAUAAAAAAUUAUAUGAUAAUUAAGAAAAAAAAUUCAGUUUUUGCAUAUUAGUUAAAAAUAUAUUCACGGCUUUUCUAAAUAUAUAAAAAUUUUAGGUUUUCACUACACUAUUUGAUUUAAAUUUGCAUAUUGGCGAACACCUGGACUAUCCCUAUAAUUGUAAAGAUUGUGGCAAAUGCUUUCCAACGCGCAAGUCAUUGGCUGAACAUAACAAGAUUCACAGAAUCGUUGAAAAUCUAGAAGAAGCCGAAGAAAUAAAACCUCAUAGCUCCAAAAGUUUAAAUCUUUCCAUAAGUCAUGGCGGUUGUAGCAACCGAACCAGAAAGGUAAGUAGGAUAGGAUAAAGUAGGGUGGUAUAUUGUAGGGUAGAGAAUGGUAUUAGGUAUAUAAUUAAAAUGCGGCAUAUCUCUGGUGUUUUUUCAAGAGUUAACAUACAAAACUUUGUUUACAGUUCUGUGAUUAUUAAUAUAAUACAUUUUAUUAAUAUUUAAGUUAAAAAACACGUCAAAACAGGAUCAAUGCAACCGACCGGAAAGUUUGUUAAAUUCCAAUUUGUAUUUUAAAUCAUUGUCGAAAGAACCAUGUCGGAAACGUCGUUCUCGUGCUGCGAAAGCUAUGAAAACUGUUGGCAAACCCGACUCAAUCAGCAAUAACACGUUUGAAAUGAUGGUCAGCUUGUCCAACAAACUGUUCCAGCAAUUAAUGGAACAUGAUGAAAAUGCGGUAUGA